CAGUGAUUAUAUUUUAUCUUUAACUCAACUUAUAUAUAAGCUUGUAUUUUAAAAAAAAAGCACAGAGCCCAGUUACCAGUAGCCACUAUGCGUUCUGUUUUCCUGUUAGUCUUGGGAGCUAUUGCAGUUUCAGGGGCAGCUGUCCCCCGAGCUCCGCAGAGGAUCGUGGGAGGGUCGACGACCACCAUCGACAAGUAUCCAUUCGCUGCCGUGCUUCUGCUGGCUUCCAGUGGAGGGUUCUUCCGCCAGCAUUGUGGUGGCACUGUCAUCAACGCCAACUCCGUCUUAACUGCCGCCCACUGUCCGUACCGCACGCGACCGGACCAGUGGCGAGUCCGCACCGGGUCCACCCGCGCCGGCGACGGCGGCGGCGGCAACGUGCAAGCGCUCCGGCAGUUCAUCCUGCACCAGAACUUCAACCACAACACCCAGGACAAUGACAUCGCUAUCAUGAGGACCACCAACCCCAUCGUGUUCCUCCCUGGAUUGGUCACAGCUGGAACCUUUGCUGGGUCUAACUACAACGUGCCUGAUGGCGCCUCCGUCUGGGCUAUCGGCUGGGGAGCUGGCAGACCGGGCGGUCCCGGCUCCGAGCAGCUGCGUCACGUGGAGAUCUGGGCCGUGAACCAGGCCACCUGCAGGUCCCGCUACGCCGCCGUCGGUCGCACCGUCACCGACAACAUGCUGUGCGCGGGCUGGCUCGACGUGGGCGGCCGCGACCAAUGCAACGGAGACUCUGGAGGACCAUUGCUCCACGAGAAUGUGGUGGUUGGAGUCUCGUCGUGGGGCGAGGGAUGCGGGCGGCCGGAAUACCCUGGAGUCAACGUGCGGGUGUCCCGCUAUAUCGACUGGAUUCGAUCGAACGCAUAGGAUUUGUGGACUUUUGUAAUAAAAUGUUUUAGAAAAAGUA